GUUCCGCCCUAGCAGCCAUGGCCGCGUAGCGUCUCCUCGGCAGCCGCGCUCGGACAUGGGCCUGCCCCGGGCCGGCGGGCGGAGGCAGCGAGUCCCCGCGGCGAAAAAUACUGGUAGAAACUUCUAAGAAGCUGUAACAUCCUAGAAGGGACAUAAGUAACAAUAUUAACAUGCCUGCUGUGGCAUCCGUACCUAAGGAGCUGUACCUCUCUACUUCAUUGAAAGAUCUCAACAAGAAGACAGAAGUAAAACCUGAAAAGACCAGUACAAAAAGUUAUGUGCAGAGUGCCCUUAAGAUUUUCAAGGCAGCAGAGGAAAGCAGACUGGAUGGAGAUGAAGAAAAAGCUUACAUCCUAUACAUGAAAUAUGUGGCUGUUUAUAACCUUAUUAGAAAGAGACCUGAUUUUAAGCAGCAGCAGGAUUAUUUUCAUUCAAUUCUGGGACCUACAAAUUUAAAAAAAGCUCUUGAUGAAGCUGAAAUACUGUCAGACAGCCUUAAACUCAGAUACGAGGAAGCUGAAGUUAGGAAAAAACUUGAAGAGAGGGACAGACAAGAGCUGCAGAAAAAGCAAGAACCAAAAGAUGAUGGAAAGAGCUCAGCCAAAAACUCCUCAGAAAGUGCUGUGGAUUCCAAAGGAAAAAGCCAAAGGAUCAAUGGUGAGACAAAGCAUUCACUGGAAAGAAAAGAUCAGUCUGAUAGCCUGAGUGGAGCAGUCACACCUGAGAGACUGUUUGCAAUGAUGUCAGACAAAAAUAUUGAAUUGCUUAUAAUGGAUGCUCGAAAAUCAAAGGAUUAUCAGGAAUCCUGUAUUCCAAAAUCCAUCAGUGUCCCAGAAGAAGCUAUCCAUCCUGGAGAUACUGCUUACCUGAUUGAAGCUAGACUCCCAGAGGAGUCUAGGGAUGCAUGGAAGAGGAGAGGACAGUUCCAUUAUGUUAUACUGCUAGACUGGUUUAGUUCUGCUGAAGACUUAAAGCUGGGAACAACUCUACAGAGCCUGAAAGAUGCACUUUUUAAGUGGGAAAGCAAAACCAUCCUGCAGAAUGAACCUUUAAUUCUAGAGGGAGGUUAUGAAAACUGGCUCCUUUGUUUUCCCCAGUACACAACAAAUGCUAAAGUAACUCCACCCCAGCAUGGCAGGACUGAAGCAGUGACUGUUUCUUUGGAUUUUACAUAUCCAUCUCUGGAAGAGCCAGCUCCUGUGCUACCUGUUGUUGCUGAAAAUGAAGAAAUGGGAGAUAAUUUGGAAGAGAGACUAAAAUCACUUAACAGACCAAACACACAAGAUGCUGCUGUUCCAAAAUCUGACAGUUCCUUUGUAGUUAAUCCCAUGUCAGUUACAAGAAGUAUCCCUGAGGUGGAUCGUUCUAAAAAGCCUUCACUAAAAAUCCUCGGUGAUAACAGAGCAAAACCUGCAAGUACAAUCAGUGACAGCCAGUCUGGUGAGAGUGGAAGAAUAGUUCCAGACCGCUCCACAAAGCCUGCGCAUGAUGGAAGGAGCACUCUGACAGAAGAAGAAAAAAGUCGGGUCCAUGCAGAAACUGCUGCUCUGUUAGAGAAAAACAGACGGGAAAAGGAACUGCGGGAGAGGCAGCAGCACGAACAGAGAGAGAGGCUCAGGAGAGAAAAAGAAGAACAAGAACGAAAAGAAAAAGAACAAGAACAAAAGGCAAAAGAGGAACAGAAGGAGAAGGAACACAAAGAAAAGCUACAGCAAUCUAAAGAGGACAGAGAGCAGAAGGAGAGGGAUGAACAAAUAAAAAGAGAGCAGGAGGAAAAGGAACAAGAAAGAGCACACAGAGAAGCAGUAGAAGCAAAAAAGCAAAAUAAAAAUGAACCAGAAAACAUUGGUGCAAAAAGGAUUGAGAUUGACAAAAUAUCCAUGGAAGAAAGAGAAAAGGGAACUCGAACACCAGAAACACAGAAACGGGCACUGGGUGAUGCAUCUCAGACCUUUGUGACUGUUCCAGGCAAGCAAAUGGGGGUUAAAGGACAACCAGACAGUGAAGCUCAAAUGCCAGGACCCCUUAGAGAGGAUUCUGAACAAGAUACUGAAAGACUUAAAUCCCAGCGGGAGCCAUUAAUGAGAGCACGAAGUGAGGAAAUGGGAAGGAUAGUCCCAGGGCUGCCUGCAGGUUGGGUAAAGUUCCUGGAUGACAUCACUGGAACCUAUCGUUACUAUCACUCUCCAACCAACACUGUUCAGAUGUACCCACCAGAAAUGGCUCCUGCAGCCACUCCUCCAUCCACCCCUCCCACGCGCAAAGCCAAGGCAAAGGUGGCAGCUGAGCGGGAGAGGGAGCACUCCAAGCUCAAGCGCUCCUACUCGUCCCCAGAUAUCACCCAGGCCAUCCAGGAGGAAGACAAGAAAAGAAUUCCUGUCACUCCUGCAGUCAAUCGUGACAAUAAACCUGCGUGUUACACUAAAGCAGAAAUUUCCAGGCUCUCUGCAUCGCAGAUUCGCAAUCUCAAUCCCGUGUUUGGGGGAUCGGGACCAGCUCUGACCGGACUUCGUAAUCUAGGGAACACUUGCUACAUGAAUUCCAUAUUGCAGUGUCUGUGCAAUGCUCCUCACCUGGCUGAGUAUUUCAACAGAAACUUGUAUCAAGCUGAUAUUAACAGGUCAAAUUUCCUGGGGCAUAAAGGUGAAGUGGCUGAAGAGUUUGGUGUAAUAAUGAAAGCUUUAUGGGCAGGACAGUAUAAAUAUAUCAGUCCAAAAGACUUCAAAAUUACAAUUGGGAAAAUUAAUGACCAAUUUGCAGGAUAUAGCCAACAGGACUCCCAAGAAUUGCUUCUCUUUCUAAUGGAUGGCUUGCAUGAGGACCUAAAUAAAGCUGACAACAGGAAAAGAUACAAGGAAGAAAAUAACGAUCACCUGGAUGACUCAAGUGCAGCAGAAAUAGCCUGGCACAAGCACAAGCAGCUCAACGAGUCCAUCAUUGUGGCGCUGUUCCAAGGGCAGUUCAAAUCCACCGUGCAGUGUCUGACGUGUCACAAGCGGUCCCGAACCUUCGAGGCUUUCAUGUAUCUGUCAUUGCCACUUGCAUCCUCCAGCAAAUGCACUCUGCAGGAAUGCCUUAGAUUGUUCUCCAAAGAAGAAAAGCUCACUGAUAACAAUAGAUUUUACUGUAGCCAUUGCAAAACUCGAAGGGAUUCUUUGAAAAAAAUAGAAAUUUGGAAAUUACCGCCUGUUCUUCUUGUGCACUUGAAACGAUUUUCCUAUGAUGGAAGAUGGAAACAAAAGCUUCAAACUUCAGUAGAUUUUCCCCUGGAAACUCUUGACCUCUCUCAGUAUGUUAUUGGUCCAAAGACUUCCUUGAAGAGAUACAAUCUGUUCUCAGUAUCGAAUCAUUACGGUGGGCUGGACGGGGGGCACUACACAGCCUACUGCAAAAACGCUUCAAAACAGCGCUGGUUUAAGUUUGAUGACCACGAAGUGUCCGAGAUCUCGGCGUCCUCGGUGAAGUCCUCAGCUGCUUACAUUCUCUUUUAUACUUCCUAUGAACAGCGAGCAGUAGACAUGGCCACGUAAAGGGAUGUGGCUUAAGGAAACUGGUUUUCUUUCUUCAAGAGCAGAGUAGGCCUGGGAAUGCACACAAAUAUGCAGAAGUGCAGCAGACACAGUCACUGGAGUGGGAGGAGCAGGGUGUCUGCCAGCAGGGCUCGCUGGGGCCGUGGCAGUGCUUCACAAUCAGACUGAUGGGCAGUGCUUGUGGUCAUACUGCCAUCUGUGGAACCAUUUACAAGCAUACUUGCAUUACUGUUUAUUUAAAAAAGAACUAUAUUUUUAGUCUGCUCCAAAAUUAAAUUCUAGCUUAGUCAUCUGAAAUCUAUUAACAAGUAGUUUAAAAUGUCUUAAAAUCCCAAGGCAUAUCUUGGUUUAUUUUUUUCUUUCACUGUUAAUGGCCUUUUCACAUUUCUAACCUUAAGCUUGACUCUACUGUGAAUACUCUAGAACGAUGUAAACAGUUAGGAAUGUAAGUGUACAUAUUGAUUGCAUACUUGCACAUCAGAAUUAUGUAUAUAAUAAAAUGUUGUCCUUUUUGUGAGAAUCUCUAAAACUCAGAGGAUUGCAUUUAUUUGCCAGCUCUAAGUAAUUGCAACACUACUUAAUAAAAAAGCAGAGCUGUAUUACUUUUUCUGUUAGCUUUUGUCAAUAUUUGUGCACUUCAGAGUUAUUCUAAACAAGAUUUUCCUUUUUAAUUUUUUAAUAUAAAUUUUCAUGUACACAUGCAUUAAAAACCUUAAUGAAGAAAUUAUUUAAAAAUAUAUCCUGUUAAAUGUA